GUUCACAGACUCACUGGGAACGCCUCUCCCUCUUCCUGUCUACAGUUGUAAACUCCUACAUCUCCUUCGAGACCUGCCCGCACCAGCUCCUCGCCUGAGAAGACCUUUCUAACCUCAUGCCAGUUUUUCUAAACACCAGCCCCUCCUGUUUUGGGGGAAUGAACCUACUGUGAAGCUCCCAAAGGCUUCUUGGUCUUGUUGGCUAUCUGAACAGGGCCGAGCCAGCGCGGAUGCUGUGUGAAUGUUUACCAAGACCAUGGAACAUGGGCAAAGCUCCUACUAGGGGUCUCCCUGUGGUCAGACCGUUUGGGAGAGUUGUGUCAUCCUAAAAGUCAGAAGCCGGGUUUCAGCCUGGAGCUGAUACAGACGCUGGAGGACCGCAUUGAGGCAGCAUCGAGGACGGGCUGCAGCAGCUUCACAGGUCCUGGCCACCUCACUGGAAACAGUUCAUGUUAUCCCUUCCAAAGCCUCCUCCGUCUUCCUAACGCUUGCCCCACAUCCCUUCUCUGAGAUCUCAAGGAGGCCAAGAGGACACCAGCUGAGGACAUGGAUACACAAAGGUCCCUUUUCUUCUGUCUGUGCCUUCUGGUUGCUCAGAGUGUCUCAGCAGAAACACCGACAACGCUACUGAACUUGAUGAAGCGCCUUGAGAAGCCCGUGGGCCGGGCCUUGUCUUCCAGAGGGAGUCACAGGAAUAUCCAUCAUCUGGAGCAGAUGCUGCUCAACGCUAGCUUCUGUGGGCACAAUUUGACGCUGCAGACAAACUCCAUCCAGUCUCUGGUCUUCAAGCUGGACUGUGACUUCUCCGGCCUCUCUCUGUCUAGUACCACCCUAGCAAAUGUCUCCCAGGCCCGGGCCCCACAUGCCAUGCAGUUUCCUGCUGAGCUGACCAAGGAUGCCUGUGUGACCUCCAGGCCUGCUGAGCUUCGACUCAUCUGCAUCUACUUCUUCACCGCACAGCAAUUCCAGGAUGACAGUAACUCAUCCCUGCUCAAUAACUAUGUCCUGGGGGCCCAGCUGGAUCACAGGCCGGUGAACAACCUUCAGAAGCCCAUCAACAUCAGCUUCUGGCACAAUCAAAGUCUGAUGAAUAAACUGAGACUCAGAGAAGCUUUCCCACCUGCCCAGGACACUGAGAACUUGUGGCGAAGGUGGGGCUGGCAUCUGGGAUUGUCCAAAGCCCAGCCAGCCAGCACCCACAAAAUGUCGACAGUGGAAGGGCACACGGUGACCUGUGUUUUCUGGAAGGAGGGAGCCAGCGAGCACGGCUGGGGGUCCUGGAGCCCCGAGGGCUGUUACACAGAGCUGCCCUCACCGUCCCUCGUGCUCUGCCGCUGCAACCACCUCACCUACUUUGCUGUGCUCAUGCAGCUGUCUGGAGACCCAGUGCCGGCCGGGCUACAGAUGCCUCUUGAGUACAUCUCCCUGGUGGGUUGCAGCGUCUCCAUCGUGGCGUCACUGCUCACCAUGCUGCUGUAUGCCCACUCCAGGAAGCAAAGUGACUCGGUCACACGUAUCCACGUGAACCUGCAUGGCUCCGUUCUGCUCCUGAAUGUCACCUUCCUUCUGAGCUCCCAGAUGGCCCUGCCCACAGUGCCCAAGGCAGUCUGCACGGCGCUGGCUGCCGCCCUGCACUAUGCGCUGCUCAGCUGCCUUACCUGGAUGGCCAUCGAAGGCUGCAACCUCUACCUUCUCCUGGGGCGUGUCUACAAUGUCUACAUCCACCGAUACUUGCUCAAGCUCUGCGUGCUGGGCUGGGGGUUUCCAGCCCUCUUGGUGCUUCUUCUUCUGGCGAUCAAGAGCUCAGUGUACGGGCCCUGCGUGAUCUCUUUCUCCAACAGCCAGGACAACGGCACAGGCUUCCAGAAUGUGUCCAUGUGCUGGGUGAGCAGUCCCAUUGUACACAGCGUCCUGGUCAUGGGCUAUGGUGGCCUCACAUCUCUGUUCAACCUGGUGGUGCUGGCCUGGGCUCUGUGGAUCCUGUGCAGGCUGCGGAUGCGGGAGAAGGCGCUGAGCCCCUGGGCCUACCGGGACACCGCCAUGGUGCUGGGUCUCACUGUGCUGCUGGGCACCACCUGGGCCCUCGCCUUCUUCUCCUUCAGUGUCUUCCUGCUACCUCAGCUCUUCCUCUUCACCGUCUUCAACUCGCUCUAUGGUUUCUUCCUCUUCCUGUGGUUCUGCUCGCACAGGUGUUACUCAGACGCCGAAGCCAAGGCAGAGAUGGAGGCAGUCAGCUCUUCCCAGAUGACACACUAACCCACUCCCCAGCCUUCAGCCUCAGCCUCUCCUACUGUUGGCAACCCACAGUGUUGGCCCAUCCAGGGAAGGUGGUGGGCUGGUUGCAGAAACCCUCCAGGGAGUCCUGUCACCUCUCAGAAUUACCUAGGGCAGAGGGCAGCGUGUGGCUCCUCCUCCUGGUCCUUCAUGCCUGGGUGCAACCCCAUUGGCCAGGCUAUGGACAGACCACUGGCCUGCGAGCCAGGAGGCUAUGACUGCUCAGCACACAGUGCUCACAGCGUUGUGCCCUUUUCCUUUUGCCAGUCCCACUGAUGUUGACUUCAACCUUCUAUCCUUCCAAAGGUUAAGAAAUCCAACCCUUCCCUUUAGCCUCCUUAGCAGGUAGUAUAGACCAGCAGCUAAGGCCAGGCCUCUGUCUUUUCCCCUGAAGUAGGCCAGAGCCAGCUGGCCUUGAGGGAUCUAGACCAUUGUGUAGCAAUGGAUUUCCCUGGUGGACAUGAGGGAGUGUGUUCAGAAUCUACUGACUCUGUCCACAAUGGGAGAGAAUCUGCACUGCCUUCCAGAUCAGGUGGGAGACAUCAGUGCUUUCCCCAGGAUGGACAGUAGGGGGUGCUGUUGGCCUGUGUGCCAAGGUACUGGCUCCAAAAUUGCCCCUGGAAAUGCAGCUGUUACCUGAGGACUUAUCAACCAGCAGGAGAGUCUGGGAACUCCAAUACUUUUGGCUUUCACACAUCCGUGUCUCUCUGUACAGCUGAACAAGGCCGCGUUGGGGCUUGUGCUUAGGCACUCCUGGCACCAGAGCAGCUGGUUGGGGUAGACUCUCAAGGUCAUGGCAGCCACCAGACACAUCAUGCAUUUGAGUCACAAUAAGGGAAUCAGAGCUGGCUGCCAUCCUCCCAGGGGGUCCUCUGCCUUUCUGGGUGUUUCUGGGUAGUCAUGUACUUAGCUCCUCAAUGGCUGGUGAGUGUGAAGGUUGCCUGGGCUCAGAUGCCAGGUCUGUCUGUGGCUGUGGAGACACAUGGUCCAACCUCCUAGUGCCUUAGUUUCCCCAUCUACAGCAGGACAACAGUAGUAACUCUUUGCAAGAUUCAGUUAAAAAAAUCCACUUAAUUCUUACUACACGAGGCCUCAAUAAAUGGCUACUACUAUUA